UCUCCUCUCAUGAAGCCCUCGAUCCAAAUCAAAGCCGUCACUACCGCCACCUCCUCCACUCCGACGCGUCUAUCCUCCCUCUUCUCUUCCUCACCACCAAUUACGCAGCCGGCCCCCGCUUCGCCAUGUCGCCGCCCCCCUCCGCCCACCUUCAUGUCCCGCCUCUACUGCUCCAUCUGCGCGAGCCCUUGUCCGAGCCCGGCUCGCCUGCGAACAUCUCCCGAACGGCCUCCGCCCGCACCUUCGCUCCUGGAGCCUCCUCUCUCGCUUCAGCUCCGCCGGCUUCGUCGCGAGCCCGGCCUCAGGCUUCCCGCCGAGACCCUCGGCACCAUGAUCCACUACUUCGUCCGCAAUCGCCGCAUCGCCGAGGCCCAGGCCCUCGUCCUCCGGCUGGUCCGCCGGCGUAGUGCCUCCCGUGCGGAGGUCGUCGCUGCGCUGGCCACCAGCUACGACCGCUGCGAGGGCCCCGGCUCGGCCGUGUUCGACCUCUUGAUCCGCACCUACGUGCAGGCGAGGAAGCCGAGGGAGGCAGCGGAGGCGUUCCGCUUGUUGAAGGCCCGGGGCCUCUUUGUCUCCGUCAACGCCUGCAAUUUGCUCCUUGCUGGAUUGGUCCGGAUGGAUUGGGUCGACAUGGCGAGGGACAUCUAUGGUGAGAUCGUCGAAAUGGGGGUCCAUCCGAAUAUCUACACUUUGAACAUCAUGGUGAAUGCCUUCUGCAAGGAUAGAAGGUUUGACCAGGUAAAUUCGUUCUUGUUGGAGAUGGCAAAAAGAGGGAUUUUUCCUGAUGUUGUAACGCAUAAUACUUUAAUUGAUGCACACUGUCGCGCUGGGCAUUUGGAAGAAUCAUUGCAAUUGCUGAAAUCGAUGGGCGACAAUGGACUAAAGCCUGAUGUCGUGACUUAUAAUGCUGUUCUGAAUGGGUUUUGCAAGAAUGGUCUAUAUGACAAAGCAAAAGAAUUGCUGGGGGAAAUGUUGGAUGCUGGUUUGGUGCCGAAUGCUUCUACAUUCAACAUUUUUCUCAGUGGGUUUUGUAAGAUUGGUAACACAAGCGAAGCCAUGAGGAUUUAUGAUAAGAUGGUCGGUAGUGGACUUGUUCCUGAUAUAGUAAGCUUUAGCUCUGUGAUAGACUUGUUUUCGAAGAAAGGUGAUAUGUAUCGAGCACUUGCAUAUUUUGGGGACAUGAAGACCAUUGGCUUGGUUCCAGACAAUGUCAUCUACACUAUGCUUAUCAGUGGAUUUUGUCGGAUUGGUUUGAUAACGGAAGCUCUGAAGAUGCGUGAUGAGAUGGUAGAUCAUGGUUGUUUGCCAGAUAUUGUCACCUACAAUACAAUCUUGAAUGGCAUAUGUAAAGAACAAAGGUUGUCGGAUGCUGAUAAACUUUUUCAUGAGAUGGUAGAAAGAGGAAUUUCCCCUGACUUUUGCACUUUCACUACUCUCAUUGAUGGAUACUGUAAGGGUGGUUUAGUGGAGAAAGCUUUAAGACUGUUUGAUAAAAUGCUAGAAAGCAAUUUGAAACCAGACAUUGUUACUUACAAUAGUUUGAUUGAUGGUUGUUGCAAAGAAGGGAAUAUGGAAAGAGUAAAUGAGUUGUGGGACGACACGUGUCGAAGGGGAAUGCUUCCUAAUCACAUUACCUACAGCAUUUUAAUAGACAACCACUGUAGUAAAGGACAGGUGGAAGAAGCCUUUAGGUUCCUGGAUGAAAUGGUAGAAAAUAGAAUUGCACCUAAUGUUGUGACAUAUAAUUCGAUUAUUAAAGGUUAUUGCCGGUCUGGCGAUGCAAAAAAAGCUGAAAAGUUCUUAGAAAAGAUGAUUGAUGAUAGUGUCAUUCCUGAUAUAAUUACGUACAACACUCUCAUUUAUGGAUUUGUCAAAGAAGAGAAGAUGCAUAAGGCUCUUCAUUUGAUCAAUAAGAUGGAGAACAAAGGGGUGCCACCUGAUGUUAUCUCAUAUAAUGUAAUUUUGAGUGCAUUUUGUGAACAAGGGGAGAUGCAAGAGGCUGAUUCUGUAUUUAAAAGAAUGGUCAGCAGAGGAGUCCAACCUGAUGGAUCUACAUAUACAACCUUGAUAAAUGGUCAUGUUGCAGUUGACAACUUGAAAGAGGCAUUUCGUCUCCAUGAUGAAAUGCUACAGAGAGGUUUUGUGCCUGAUGAUAAAUUUUAGAAUUCCUUUUUGUGCAGAUUUGGGAGCUUUGAAAGAAAAAUAGUUGUCCUUGCUGAUAUAUUCUGUUAGGCACUAGGAAUUAUGGGACAUGAAGUGGUUGACUUGGAUGGCAGGCAGGUUACACAUUCCACAGUGCCAAGAUGUAUGGUGCAGCUGAUUAUGAUCAUCCUAGGGUAUGUAUGCACUAGCACCCUUGAUGGGUACUCCAUAACCUGCAAAUGCUUAUUGAAACCCAGGUUGGUCCUUCAUUCAUCUGAGUGGGUGUGUGGAUGUCAAAGUCACUUCACAACCUUCUCCCAUUUACCCAUAUCUUGCCCAUAUCCAAAGUAAGCUGUUGGUGCAUUUAUCAAGGGCUUAAGGAUUCUGUUGGAGAUGAUGAGACAAUAUUUCAUUCACGCAAGAACUUAAACCAGCAGGCAAGUGUUUUUGUCAGAUACCUGUGACUUGAUUAGUGAAAUACUCCCUCUCUUCAAAAAAAUAUUUUUUUACCAACACAAAAAGAAAAUAUUUUGUUGCGAAUGAUCAAGAUGGUAAGAAAUUAUCCAUAUGUAAGAUCAUAAUUAUUGAUAUGGAUAUUUUCCACAUUAAAAAAAAUCUUUUGUUUCAAUAGAGCCAGAAUUGAUUUGGAUCAUUCAAAGAUCGAAGUUAAUAGAAAGAAGGUAUCAGUGAACUUCUAUGGAAUGGUUUCAUGGGAUUCAGCCAAUUGUCUCCAUCAAGCUUUUACUUUGUUUAUAAGAUGAUAUCAGAGGGAUGCUAGGUAAUGGCAUUGUGGUAUUCAUUUUAAUUUGUGAAGUAUGAACAAGAAAAGAAUUACAUGACCUGAAUGGUUAAUUAAGAAGGCCUGAGAGAUUUGUCUCCAGAAUUCUUGGCAAUGGUCAUGUUAAUUGAAAAAUUUUCAGGGAAACAUUUAUUGAUUCGUCGCUGGUAGCAAUAAGAGUCCUUGCUUUAACAAGGAAAUUGGUCAUACUUAUAAAACUGAAGAUUAAUCAUCAUUUCAAGGAGAUGGAAUAUUGUAACCAGUUAUUGGACUUGCUGUUAAUAAACAUUAAUGAACAGCAUCUGUGAAUCUGAACUUGAUAGUUCACUUAUUUGAGAUUGCUUGUGUGGU